AUGGCGCCCCCCACGUCGCUCUCGUCGCAUGAGCGGACGCGGGUGGAAGAUUAUCUGAACGACAAGAUCCAGGUCUCUACGGACCUGGAGAGUCUCGACUCGUUGCUCUCGAACCUCCGUGCGCAGCAGGAGCUUCAGCGGAAGCAGCUAGCUGACGCACACGAGGCGCUUUCAAAUGCAACCAAAGCAUCCAAUGACCACGCCGAAGCCACUCGCAAGCGGGCCGAGGUAUUCGCGGAGGAGCAGGCGGAUAUUGAUCGCCGUUUGAAGGCCAUCACACAAUCAGAGACCAGUGAUGAAGCAGUACACCGACUGGAGAAGAGCAUGGAGAGAUUCCAUCGCUUGGAACUCUCUAAGGGAUACGUGGAGCUACUGAAGGAGGCCGAGGAACUGAGCAAGGAAGCCCUGAAAAGCAUCUCAUCUGAGCCUCGUGCCGCCCUAAGUCCCUACGCUAGACUCCGCAGUAUUGUCCUGUCGCUCAAGGAAGCCCAGCCCGCCGCCGAGGGCGCCGCCCCCCACCUUAUUGCCUAUACCGAGAAGCUUGCACUGGCCCUGCGCCAGCAAUUGAAGAAGUUCUUUGGCGAUAGGCUACAGAAAACUCUGGAGUCUAUGAAGUGGCCGACGCGGGAGCUGAAUAUCACCGAAACAUUGCUGGGCGAGUGGAGACGAGAUGUUGAGCUUCUGAUUGAUUUGCAAGCCCCUGAGCUGCCCGGUCGCGAUGCUUUGGCAGUUGGUAAUACCCUCGAGCCGCCAGUCUUAUUCCCGCUGGAAGUGAUGGUGCAUCCUCUCGAACUCCGGUUCAAGUAUCAUUUCAGUGGCGACAAACCGACCAACAGGCUUGACAAGCCGGAAUAUUUCCUAUCGCACGUCAUGGAUUUGAUUAACCAAUUUGGAGGAUUCUUCACAUCAUAUCUCCAGCCAAUCCUGGAUGAAAGGCUGGAGUCUGUGGGACAGGAUCUGGAGUGGAACUUUUUUAAUGCGCUGCAUGCUUUCAUCAAUGCACUACUGCCCAUGCUGAGACAGAAGAUCGAUUCGCUCCUGCCCCAGAUCGCAGACCACCCCCAAUUGCUCAGCCACUUCAUUCACGAGCUGAUGAGUUUCGACAACGAGAUGAGAGAAACAUGGAACUACCUUCCAGAUCCAUAUGCGGAAGGAAAUUGGAAAGGGAUGACUGCGGAAGUUUUGACGAAGCACGGCUGGUACGAUCGCUGGCUCCAGGUCGAAAAGGAAUUUGCAUUGGCCCGAUAUAAGGACAUUAUCGACAACCCGGACAGCGGGCACAUUGACUAUGAUGGAAUUGAGCGCACCGCAACCAAGCCUACCAAGGCCGCGAUCCGUGUGAAUGACCUUCUUGAGACCAUCACCGAGCGCUACCAACCAUUGACUUCGUUCAGUCAGAAGUUGCGGUUCCUUAUUGAUAUUCAAAUCACCAUCUUCGACCAGUUCCAUGAGCGCCUCUUUUCCGCCUUGGAAGCGUAUCUGGCGAUGACAUCUACACUCGGUCGCACGGUGCAAGGGGCCGAUGAACAGGCUAGCGUGGAAGGCGUGGCUGGUCUUGAACGUCUUUGCAGAGUCUUCGGUAGUGCCGAGUACCUGGAAAAGAAAAUGGAAGAUUGGAGCAACGAUGUCUUCUUUGUUGAGUUAUGGUCUGAGCUCCAAGACCGAGUUCGCCGAAAACGUGAUGAUGGUCAAAAUGUGGCCGGUACCAUGACUAUCGCAGAAGUGGCAUCCCGUACCUCUCCGGCUGUUGCAAAGAACAACGCAUCCAGCACUCAGCCCUCUUCGGACGGAGCACUUUUCGAUGAAACCGCUUCUGCCUAUCGUCGUCUUCGGCGGCGAUCCGAAACCAUCAUCAUCUCUACGUUGACUUCGAACAUUACUACCGCCUUGAAGCCCUAUUCUCGUAUAUCAACCUGGGCUACGAUCUCUACACCUUCUGCCAAUGCAGCGGGUUCUCCUCUUCCUCUAACAUCAGACCUGGCUCAUGCCAUGAACGUUCUAUCCACGCAGCUUUCUUUCAUCUCACAUACCCUAGGUGUCGCUCCUCUACGCCGAGUCUCGCGUCAAGUUCUGCUUUCGAUUCAGACUUACGUCUGGGACAAUGUCCUGACGAGAAACAAAUUUUCUGCUACGGGCGCAGCCCAACUCUUGAGCGACGUCGAUCAUCUCUGCAAUGGGGUGGACACCACUCUCGGUACGGCAGGCCACGCAGGAGGCUCUCUGCAAAUUGUGAGAAAGUUGAGCGAAGGAUUGCGUCUUCUUAACCUGAAUGCAUCGACGCUCGAGCAAGGCACAGAGGACGCCGAGGCCGCAUUGGGACUGUGGGAUGUUGAAAAGAGGUUGUUUAAGGAUAACGAGAGCGCCCGGUCUGUGCUUGCUGAACUUGAAGUUGAUGGGCUUACAGAGGCUGAAGCUCGGUUAGUGUUGGAGCGGAGGGUGGAGAUUGGUAGCUAA